AUGGCUCCCGAGGUGUGUAGUUUAGUUGAUCACCAUUUCGUGCUUGAGGAUGGUCUUAAGAAGGACUUUAGAGGCAAUUAUGAAACUUCCAUAGACGUCAGUCUUGAGCAGAUUUCAAGGUUACUGAUUGAGAGAGGGGAUUAUCCGGCAGUUCCCAUAAACUUUGAGUAUCCCUGUGGUUUAGUUACGGGAUGGCCACAAUGGGUUGACUAUGAACUAGGAGAUGAGGCUGCGAGAAUCAGACUUUCAGAAGCUGCUGCUCUUUCUUCCGUAUUCAUCUCUGCCCGUUGUGAUAUCAACAGGGAUGUAGAGUCUCUCCGUCAUGUAGUUCGAAGGUGGAAUCCUCAUACGCAUACCUUUGUUUACGAGUGGGGAGAGUUUACCCCUACCUUGGAGGAUGUCUUGAAUAUUAUGAGGCUUCCCAUUACUGGUUCCGUCAACCCUCUUGGCUUUGAUUUUGACUCAGAGAAGUUGCAGGUUCUUGUAGAAGGGGCUUCCAGUAUUAAAGGAAGUAAGCGCCGUUUCUCGAAUUGGGUGAAGCAUUUUUGGGGUGUUACCGAAAAUGGGGUAUUUGUCCCAGGUAAAGGCUUUGAUUCUGGCUGCCGUCUGGAAGCGAUGCUAUCCCUGUGGCUGACGAAGUUUGUCUUCAUUGAGUUUUCUUAUGAGUAUGUUGAAGAGCGCUUAUUUCCCUUGGCGAUUGCAAUAGCAGCCGGCAGUAGGUUUCCUCUGGGACCAAUGUUCCUUGGUCACGUUUACCGUAUGCUUGACCAUAUUGUUGCUGACGAGUUGGAGAGCGUUGGUCGGUGUGGAGUCACUACAUUGGUUUCUACCACCUUUCUGCAGGUAUUCAUCUGGGAACGGUUUAAAGGAUUGAAGAUGGAGCCUCUGACCAUGAGUCUUUCUUUGGAAUUGUAUAAUAAUGACAAGGAAGGCAGCAAGCAAGCACAGACUGAGUAUUUGCCACCGGUACUUCCUCUGCUGUGCCGUUGGUUUAAAAGGAGACAAGAUAAGACUGUGUUUUCUCCGAGCAUGUUAGAUAACGUGAAUAAUUUCAUCUGGCAGCCCUAUCUCCAGUCUUCUGAGUUUGAGACUUUUUCGUUUUCUGGUAAAGAAGAGCAGUGUACUACAGCUCUAGGUCGGGUUGAACUGUACAUGACUGUUUGCCCAAACUUUAUUCCGUCCAUCAGUGAGGAUAAGGAAGACUUGGACAUCUUCCCUGUUGUUUAUUCUCCUGACAGAGUGAUGCGGCAAGUUGGCUGCCUUCAGGACGUUCCCUCACCUCCACCUCGCUCUCUUAACUCUAAGAUCACAAGCUUUUCUCAUAUGGAGCGCAGAUGCGUACUUGACUUUUCUGGCAGAAUUGCGGACUUCCCAUCUCAGCUGCCAGGGAAUGCCGCGAAUGCUAACGCCUCCCCUGCUUAUAGUUGUUAUUGGAGGGGAGUGUUGUGCAGGUUCAGGCUUUUUGUGGAAGCCGGUGGUCCUCAGCUACAGUUGGGACCUAUUACCAGCAGCAGAUUGGCUAGCCCCAAGGCCGUACUGACUUAUGCCGAAAAGCAUAACCUUACGUAUACCGAAGUGUACAGUGAUGGCACCAGAAAGGUUGUCGGCUAUUUGAAGGGCUUUGAAGCUAAAAGGGUGAAGGGAGAGGGAAAGAAGUGCGAUAAGAAAAUAGGUGAUAAAGGUGAUGCAAGGGAGCACAACACUCAGAAGCCUGUUCGGCGUUUCAAGCCCAAGGUGGAUUUUGACAAGUUUAUGCAUACGACCCAACACGGAGUCAAACUGAUGAUCCCCCCAAGCAUGCCGCUUCAAAAGAACAAGGAGGUCAAGAAGAAAAGGUCUUCAACACCCCGAGCAGGUGGUACUUCCCAAACAAAGCAAGCGAAUGCUACCAAUUUCGAAGUGAAGAAAAGGGUGAAGAGGGAGGUUGGUGUAGAUUUUGAUGUCCCUCUUCGUCGAAGCAACCGUGUGAAAUCCAAGAGUUCCCCUUUGCCUCGUGGUCCUCCAACUUAUCUUGAGUUAUCUGAUUCUGAUCAUGGAGGGGGUUCUCAAGGGGGUCUAGCCGAUUCUUCUAAAGAAGAUCAUGCUACUCCUUCAAAAGGGGCCUCUGAUCAUCUGCCUGAAGUGCUUCCCAUGGUUAGCCAAGAUAGUGACAACCAGGUUAUCGAAGAUGAAGGCAUGAGUGAUGGUGAUAAGGCCGUCACAGAUGAUGGCACGAGCGAUGGUGACAAGAUGACCGAAGAUGAAGGCAUGAGUGAUAGUAACAAGGUGGCCGAAGAUGAAGGCACGAGUGAUAAGCAAGCCUUAAAAAACGGCGGUGUGAGCAAUGACAAUCGGGUUGAUGCGGGAUUCAAGCCUUUGCAACAUAUUCCGGGUGAGAGUGAGAAUAAUGAUCAGGUAGCUCGUUUACUUGAAACUGAAAGCUUGGAUUGA